CAGCCGCCAAAGGCAGUCAACGAGUCAUCUCCUGCUCUCCGAUGUGAAACAACUGGUACGCACUGGCGGUGCAGUGCACGACCCUGCAAAGCCAAGGUGCAAGAAACCACCAGCGGCGUGUUUAAGCCUGCAGCCAUCAGUCACACCCAGUUCAUUCCCAGCCAGGUCAGGCACAACCACCCACAGAUCACCAACAAAUGCCCUGUAUUGGCGAUGCAGGGAAGAAAAGAAACAUUAUUGCAAAGCCAGGGUUGUAGAGGAUCCAAAGGGAGUGUUUCGUCCCCUGGGCGGUGAACACAGUCAUCCACCGCCAGAAGCGGACCACCUCCUAGCCCUGCGUCUGAAUGAGGAACAGUAUGAGACGGCGGGGCAGAUGAUUGAGUGCGGCUGCUGCUAUGGCGAGGUCACGUUUGAGGACAUGGUCCAGUGUUACGACGGGCACCUCUUCUGUGUCGACUGCCUCAAGAACUACACCAAGGAGAAGGUCUUUGGUUCAGGACAGGCAUCCCUGAGCUGCAUGACUGACGGCUGUGACAGCACAUUUCCCAUGGGUCAGCUGGAGAAGGCCCUUCCUGAGAACAUGCUGAAGAAGUAUGAGGAGAGGCUGGAGGAGGAGAACAUCAACCUGGCAGGGCUGGACGACCUCGUACGGUGCCCCAGCUGUGACUAUGCUAUCCUUGCGGAGGGAGACAAAGUUUUCCGCUGCCAGAACCCGGAGUGUAUGAAGUCGAACAACAAAAAGAAGAAGAAGAAGAAGAAGCAGCAGCAGCAGCAAUCCCAGCAGGCCGUGCAGCAGCCGCCUCAGACCAAGGCUCCAAAGGAGGAGGACGUCACUGGUCACUGCUUGAAAACAAAGAGUGCAGUAGACCCUGUAGUGCUGGAUAGCAUUCCUAAUGCUGCAGUAGUCAAGAUGACUGAAGGGUACACCAUUAACCCUGUUGGGACUACCCAUAAACAACCAGUAUUGACCGACUACCAGGGGUAUGAAUACACUCGCCAUGAAAGGUAA